GGAUAAUGCUCGCUGUCGCCCAUGUCAUCCACGUCCCCUCCUCAUUUCGUCGUGGUGCCUGGUGCCCACCGUAUCCCGAGCGGCCUAUGCAUGUAUGGUUGUAUGUAUCUAUGCUGUAUGUAUCUAAUUGUAUGUAUCCAUGUAUGUGAAUCUAAACAUGCGGCUGUUCCUGAGCACCAGCACCACCACCACCACCAGCCAAUCUCCCUACUUUUCCCUCUCACAAAGACGACACCCCCAUCAUGUCCUCCUCCUUCUUCUCCUCCUCCUCGGUUGCGCCAAUGCCUGCUCAUAUCGUGUUAUUAGACUGGAGCACCUGCGUGGUUAGCUCCCUGUCCGUUUGCAAUCACCCUGCCAGCUUUUCAACAACAACAACCACACAAGUCCAACCUCUCCACACUGCCGCAUGCGGCUCUCUCGCUGUCUACCCGCGAGAAGCAGAUGAACAGCCCUUGCGCGCUGCGGGAAUCUCCCACUCGCUCAAGCCGGCUAUCCAUCUCUCAGAUCUUUCUUGGCUACCCCUCUUUCGCUCUUAUUGCCCUCUAAUCCUCCUCGGGCACGACGGCAAGCAAUCACAGCGCAUGGAUACCACUUGCCCGCUGCACUUCCGCGUGCCAACACUCACAGCUCUCUCGUCUUCACGCGGUCCGAAGCUCAUCACCUCCAGCCCGAGUCCGAGUCUUCGACAGUGAGAUUGGCAUGACUGACAUGUUUCACCGUACCCGUUCGAGGUGGGUCCAUCCAACCCGGGAUGGAAUUUGGCC